AUGACUAAAAUCAUCUACCACAGAAUUACUGGCUCUGAGGUCCAGUCAGGACUGAAGUUCUUUGGCCUCACAAUCAGUCAGUCAUCUUUUGAUCAUAGUGGUGAUAGACUGCCUGACUUAGCGGUGGGUUCAAAGGGUAGAGUUGUCUUACUGAGAUCAAGACCUAUAGUAAUGGUAAAAGCUGAGGUGUUAUUCAGCCCAAACCAAAUUCCUACUCAGAAUGUAGACUGCUCAAAACCAUUGGAGAACACAGCUGCAAUCUGUUUUACCAUGAGCAGAGUGUCUACAGUCAACGCAGCUCAAGCAAGGAUUGAUUACACUUUAACACUGGAUGCUUCUCGCAAAUCUCCAACCAACCGGGCUUACGUCAGUGGGAAACAACAAGAGCAGUCUGGAUCUGUUACUCUUGACUUACGAAACCGACAAUGUUCAACUGUAAAAUUCAUUAUCGAGGCCUGUCCAGAGGAUGCUCUUAAUGUACUUUCCAAUGAGCUCAAAUUCAUAUUUGAUGGGUUGCCAUUAAACACAAACCUCAGGCCAAGUCUUGCCCCACAGAGUCAAACAGCAACUAUUUUUCCUUUAGGGUUUGAGAUCAACUGUGGUACUGACAACAGAUGUGUUGAUAACCUUAAAGUGGAUUUCGGCUUCACCAGAUCCUCAGUGGUUAAAGUGGGCAUUGAUGAAUUUCUGCAUGUCACAGUCACAGUGGAGAACGGAGGAGAAAACUCCUACAACAGCCAUGUUAUUCUCACGUACCCAGCUGGACUGUCCUACAGGAAGUUCACGAGUCAGCAGGGAAGAAUUGAGUGCAACUCCUUGGACAGUGAAGAUGAUUUAUCCCGGGGAUGGACAGACUGCACUAUUGACAAGCCAAUUUUCAAGAGCAAAACUAAGGCUUCUUUCAUUGUCUCCUAUGGGAUUGACACAAACAGUCAAUUUGAGAAGGAGAUCUUUAUCACUGCAAAUGCCACCAGUGGAAAUCAGGAGCAUGCCCCUACAAGUGAACUUUACAAAAGGAAAUCAAUUAAUGUAAAAUACAGCAUUUUUAUGACAUUUGCAAGCUCCCUAAGCUACAACAAUUUCACAUUUGGGAAGAAUGAUUUGAAGAAACCAGUCCAACAAUCAGUUAAGGUUUCAAACGAUAUCAGAGCGCUUAAUUUCAUUGUGGUGAUCAAAGUUCCAGUGAAGCUUGGUGAAAAAGACAUUUGGGUGGAUUUGAGCAGUCUACAGAUUUCAGAUUGUCAGAGAGGAAAUGAUGAAGAACCAAGUGUCAGAGAUUUUGUUCCAAAAAUACAAAAGAAUAAAGUGGUGGACUGCUCUGUAGCCAGGUGCAGAGUGUUCAAGUGCAACUCAUUCUUGAAAAGACUGCAGAGUAGGACAUACGAAAUCUCUGCCAACAUUAGUUCACAAUGGAUAGAGCAGAUUGGACUGCAAUCUACCAAAUUCCUCUUGACCAGUACAGCCACUGUGGAGUACGACCAAAGCCAAUACAUCUACUUUUCAACAGUGUCUAACAACAAUCCUCCUGUUCACAAGCUUGAAGCAGUGGUUGAAGUAUAUUCUGAGGCAAAUUUCACCAAAGAGAUCAUUGGAGGAUGUCUGGGAGGGUUGGCUUUUCUGGCUUUACUCACUGCUGGUCUGUAUAAGGCUGGAUUUUUUGAGAGUAAGUACAAGCAGAUGAUAAAUGACAAUGCAGAGGAUGGUCCAGAUCCAGGGACUGAUGGAAGUCCAUCCCCGGCAGAAAAAUAAAGAUCACAUUUGUAGUUGCAUGUUUAAACUAUAUGAAAGCUAUAGAUCCUCCUUAUAAUUUUAGAAGUCAACAUUUUGUGUAAAAAUGUCAAUGCUACCACAUUGGAUUAAUUAAACCAAAAACAGCUUGCUAUAUCUGACAUCAUUCUUUCACCCACUCAUUCAACACUUUACACUUUGCUAUACAAUGAAUAUUUCUGAGUUUGAAUUGCAAACAUUGUACAGUGAAUUAUAAUUUUUGUGCUUAGUGCAGUGCGAUACAUGCAAAUUCUUGUUAGUUUUUGUAGUUUUGUGCUGAUAGUUUUGGCGCAACUGUCUCUUUAGCACCACCAAUAGGUGAUUUUGUGAAUAGUUUUGAAACAUAGUGACACUGCAGGAAGUGGAAAGAAGUAGGAAUUUUUAAGGAAGCUGCACAUGACUGCAACCAAUCCACAUGCAUCAGCCAUUAAUCCUUAGACCUUUCUGGCAUCAUCUGUAUGUAUAUUGUUUAUAUGAUCAAAAACAAAAAUAAUCCCAAUACAGUGUCAUGUUUAAAACAUAGUGCUGUCAGUAUUGUAGCUCGGUGUACACAGGGCUUCCUCUAAAUCACUGACGUAACUCUGAACAGUCACCCUGUAACUUCUGCAUUUUGGUUUUCAACUCUGACUUUGUCAGCAGAAUCAAUACGUCAAUCAUUUCUCAAACUACUUUCAGGGAUGUAACACAAUGGACUGUUUAGUGUGAUGCAUGCACAAUCAUUCUUGUAACAACCUCCUAAAAAGUUGAUUCUGUUCAUCUGUUUAUAGUGUUUUUAG